AUGUCUUCAUUCAUCGACUCCCUACCGCCCGACGUCUUCGACCAGACGACCCUCAUCUCCCUCGCGUCCACGGUCGCCAUCCUCGCCGUCGCUUACAUCGGCUCUCUUGCGACGCUUCCUGUCUCGACGCCAGCGAGCUACCGCGGGCUCUUCAUCUGGCAUGCGUUCGACGCCCUGAUCCACUUCAUCCUCGAGGGCAGCUUUCUCUACCAUUGUCUGUUCUCCUGGAUACCGCUCUCGUCCGUCAAGAACCCGCUGGCGCUGGCGCCGACUGCGCACAACUUCCUGGGCUACACCAACCGCGCGUACGGACCCCAGGCAGGCGGCGACAACCCCUUUGCGCAGCUAUGGAUGGUGUAUGCGAAGGCAGAUAAGAGAUGGGCCGGUGCAGAUCUGGCAGUCAUCAGCCUUGAGCUCCUCACCGUCUUCGUCGUCGGGCCGCUCGCAUGCCUGGUUUGCUACGGCAUUGCAAAGAAGGACCCCCGUACAAAUAUCGUCAUGAUCAUCGUUGCGACCAUGGAGCUUUAUGGUGGAUUCAUCACGUUCUGCCCGGAGUGGCUGACCCAAAACUACAACCUGGACGCCAGCAACUUCAUGUACAAAUGGGUUUACCUGGUUUUCUUCAACAUGCUCUGGGUCUUCAUUCCUAUUUACGCCAUCUGGGUCGCGGUCAAGGACAUCAAUGAUGCCUUUGUAGUCAGGAGCAAUGUCAAGGCUGUGAACAAGACAAAGUGA